CUGCUGGGGGCAGGCAUGUUUGGAUACGUCAUUAAGAGGCACCAGCUGUGGUCAGGCAAAGUUCUCCUGUUUCCUCUUUCAUCAUCCUGUGCCAGCGGAGCCUCAGGGGUGCGCUUUGUGUUUGGGCGCGCUUCUGCAGCAGGGACAGAGAGGAGGACAGCGCCAGCGGAGUCCACCGGGCAAGGAGAAGCCAUGUACAGGAGAAAGAUGAGAGGCAUGUAUAUAUCUAAGAGGGCAUUAAGAAAACACUUUGAUCCCCACAAUUAUCCACGCGAGACAUACCUACUCUGCGAGCUGCAGUGGCGUGGGAGUCACAAGUUUUGGCAACACUGGCUCAGAAAUGAUGAUAGUAAAGAUUGCCAUGCGGAAAAGUACUUCCUGGAGGAAAUCUUUGAGCCAAGAAGCUACAAUAUCUGUGACAUGACCUGGUACCUGUCCUGGAGCCCCUGUGGGGAGUGCUGCGAUAUAAUACAGGAUUUCCUGGAGGAGCAGCCCAAUGUGAACAUAAACAUACGCGUAGCACGGCUCUACUACACAGACCGUGCAAGCAACCGCAAAGGCCUGAGGGAGCUUGCCAGCUCGCCAGGAGUAACCCUUGAAAUCAUGGAUGCUGAAGACUAUAAUUACUGUUGGGAGACCUUUAUACAACCUGGUGUCUACUAUCGUUUCUCACCUGAGAACUUUGAAUCAGCGAUAAAGAGGAAUUGCUCACAGCUGGACGAUAUCCUUCAGGCAGGAAGACAAAACAAAUUCCAGAUCUCCAAGCCCCAGGGGUACAAGGCCUUGGGAUCACCCCCAUUUGCAGUUCUUUGCUGUCAGGGGCUUGCUUUCAGCUUCAGCCAGCAGGAUAGUGCAAGUAAGUGUGAAGAAAGUCACCAUGAGGAAAUACUCAGCGAAUCAGCAGCAUUAGUAAGGCCCAAAGAUCAGUAUUGUGAUUCAGGAAUAGAAACUGAAACUAAGGUAAGGCUUAUAAAGGCACACCAGUCUCCCAGGAAGCAAGAAGCAAAUCCAGAAAUACCCAUGGCUGCUGUCAGUGUCAGAGGUCCCUCAUCCAGAGAGAACACCCAAGGGUGGAAGAUACAGCCAAGAGACUUCCAAAGGAAUUAUUCGCCCAGACAACAUGGACGGGUGGUGUACCUGCUGUAUGAAAUCAGGUGGAGAAGAGGUUCCAUCUGGAGGAACUGGUGCUUGAACAACCAUGAACAACAUGCUGAAGUCAACUUCCUGGAAAAUCAUUUCAAUGACAGGCCACAAACCCCUUGCUCCAUCACCUGGUUCCUUUCAACUAGUCCCUGUGGAAAGUGCUCCAGAAGGAUUCUGGAUUUCCUGAGGUCACACCCUAAUGUGACCUUGGUAAUAUAUGCAGCCAAGCUGUUCAAGCACCACGAUAUCCGCAACCGACAAGGUCUCCGCAACCUGAAUAUGAACGGAGUCACUAUACGUAUCAUGAAUGUUGAAGAUUACAGAUACUGCUGGAGAAAUUUUGUUGCAUACCAAGCUGGAGAAGAUGAUUAUUGUCCCCAGAACGUCACUGUAUACUUCCUUCUUAAUUGCACAGAACUCUUUCAUAUAUUUUUGGGGCUUCCUCCACUUCUGGCAAACUGAAUGCUAACAGGCAUCACCACCAUGCUUUCAAGCUCAGUUUGUGAAUCAAUACAAGACCAGAAACGCCAGUCUCUGUCAGUCUUUUCUUCUGCAGCCUUGCUAAGUUUCUUGCUGCCACCAGAGAGGACUCCUAUCACUGUCUGGGCAUUGCUAAGUAUUGAACAGAACAGAAGGAACACAUGAGAAGCCAUCAGGAAGCUUGGAUGAUGCUCUCAUGAUGUAGAGACCAGGACAUUCUGGUCUUUACAGACCUUUUUGAGAGUCCAGUGGGGAUGGAGACCAUGCCCCAUAAUCAGGUCUUCCACGUCUGCAGAUUCUGUGAUCGUAUUCUGCAAGUGUCCUCUUGAGAGGCCAGUUUGUAACAUUUUUCAUGCUCUGAUCUGUUCCAAAGAAGUAAUCAGCCAUGUAUUCUUGCUUUCAUAAUUUCUUAUGAAUAUUACUUUUAUGGCUACAUAUGUAUGUUUCAGAAUAGAUUUAAUAUUAUUAAAGUAUUUAUGCAAUACUGUAAUAAUACUUAAUUUUAAUGUUUUAUUUAUGAGUGUAAACUUUAUUUAUGACUGUAAAACCAGUGUAAUAAAAGGGAAGAUG